CUUUGGUUUUAUCUCUUGACGAGGUACUUGGAAUUUUGGAAUAUCAUCGCUCUAUUUGAAGCACGUUUCGAUAUUCAGCUCUGUCUCACUCUCGAUUAAUACGCGGUAUACCCAGGUUUCACUGUAAACAUGGUUGAUAACCUCUAUCUCCCCGCUGACCCCGAACUCGGGUUAAGGCACAUCCAUCAGGCUUGUCUUAGAGGUGACUUCGAAGCUGUUGUUAAAUUAUCUUGUCAACCGGGUAUCAUCGAUGUACCAACUGAGCCUCGGAAUGGCGUGGAACGUGGGCUUCGUGAAACACCUAUCAAGCUCGCAGCACUUAUGGGUCAUGUCGAUAUAGUAUGGUUCCUCGUCGAACAAGGCGCCGCCCUGACCCAUGACCGUGUCCUCGCCUCCUCGUAUACGGCAGAUGAAGGUCUCGCGACACGUCGUCGGGACUUCUUCCUCAAUACCGUCGGAAUCGGCCGAGAACACCCCGAUUCUACUAAUACGCGCAAGACUAUAUUUGACAUAUUGUCUUCGCCUGGUCGCAGAAGUGUCGUUCGUGCUACACGCGGCGCGCGUUCCGACCUCGGGUUCCCGGACUACAAACUCGCGAAGCAAGGGCGAGAUAUCGUGGUUUUUGCCCCCGUACUCCGCAUCCGGUCCGACAUCCCGCUAGACCGUAGCAAGACCAUCGGUAUCAUAACUUCCAAGGCCUCUUCUGGCGACAUCCUCAUGUCGGCCCAUAGUGGAUUCCGGGCCGGCACUGAUCGGCACGAAAGAAGUCUGGAUACAAACCAGUGGAAUUACAUCGCGCUCCACCAUAUAGCCAAAUUGUUGAAAUUCCAUUUCCCGGGGAAUAAACACGAUAAUGGAGCGAAGAAAGCAUCCGAGGAUGAACAUAGAGGACGCGCGCAUGCCGGACAUGUUGAAGUUUUGCUGGGGGCUUGGUAUGCGGUUGAAAUGACCAAAAAACAAGAGAUGGCUAAAAAUGGCGGAGAGGAUGUGAGUUUGGAGUGGUGCCUUAAUAAUCUGCAUACCCUCAAGUAUGCAACGAUAGGACAGGCGCGGUCUGCCGUCAUUAUGAUAGACUCACAGCCCUGUGCUACGUGCCUCAAGUUCAUUAAUUACCUCUUCCAGUACACGGGCUUGCACUUUUCCGUUAAGGGGGCUGUGGGUGUAGGCCCGACGUUGGCGACUAAGGACGAAAGGAAUGGUGUUAGAAUGGACACCUUUGGGGAUGUGUUUCUGGAGGAUGAUAUCGACGGGGCGGAAGACUACGAAGAGUCAACCGACAUUGAUUCUGAUGUGGAUACUGUAUUGGAGACUCCUAUAGGCCUGGGAGUUCCAGGGGGCAUCCGGGAAACAAUCGAGGGUAACGAAGGCAAGGAAGAAGAUGGCAUGGCUGCCCACGCACAAGCACAAGCAGCAAGCGAGGCAUUUGCGAGGAUAUCUAGCCUCUCACCAUCCGACAUGGAUACCGAAAACGUGCCUAUGACCACACCUGCCCCAGAACCUGUCACCCCUCAACGUGCUGCUCCCUUCACACCAGCACGGUCACGCAUGAGAUGGGGGGUCCCAGACUCUGGCCCUAGAUCCAUUAAGAGAGGAGAUCCGUUUAGCAACAUUCCGUCUCGCAGGCCGGCGAAUCCUGACGAGCUGGUGGCCGAGUAUAAGAAGAAAACGCCGGUGUGGAAUUGGCCCGGGUACAAUCCCGCAGGGAUGACUCCGUUUUGCCGUCCCCCUUUCUUCCGUCAUGCUAAUCUCGGUUCCCCGCUUGCAUUACCAUCUAAUCAUACGUUGAUCCCAGGCGUUAACACGAAUAAUGAUAAAAAUGACGGCUCGGCCAUGGCCAUGAAUGAAGGGAGUGUAGGGGAGGGCUCUGGGGAAGGGGAUGAUCCGAUUAUCGUAGAUAUGAUGAACGGCAACGUCUCAUAUUCGUCUCCACCCAGCAGCUCCAUCAUCCGCGAAUCGAUCGCUGCAUUCAAUGCCCGCAUCAGCAACCACUACGAGGGUACCCCGUCGCCUCUAGGUCGAGAACAGACAAACUUCUCACACAGCAGCUUCCAGCCGAUCGCGAACCAGUCUCGCGAGAAAGCCAAUAACCUCGCCAAGGAUAAAAACAUGGUCAUUGGAGAGCCUCAAUUCCAACACCAGUCUCAGACACACGUGAACCCCAUGUAUCCUAACCAUCAAGAGGACGAAGAGGGCUACAUCCACGUACAACCCCCUCUGCCCUCUCACAUAGUCUCCCAACUCUCCCACGCCAUGUCACAGAACCUCCCACAGCCGCAACCCAUGUCAGAGCCAACCCAACCCCCCUCCGAACCCCCCUUCCUCUCACAAACCGGAUCCCGCUACUACGCCGCAGCGCUGCUAAUGGGCGCACAAUCCCCGGACCCAACACCAUGUCCAAUCCCCGCCGCCGCCACCGCAGCCGCAGGCAGAGCACAAACACCACUCUCAACCACCGGAGCAUCAACCGCGAUGCUAUCCCCACCCAUCACCCCCAUGACCAUCCCGCCAUCAAACACCCCCCGCCCCGCCCCCCGCCCACCAAACUUCCAACAAUGGCGGUUCGAACCACAGCUAGGCGGAGAAGAAGUAUCGCGGCAUUUCUGCAGGCCGAGACUGCACUGGCAGCAACAGGGACCCGUUGCGUUCCCGGAGGUGGUGGAGGGUGGGGCGGAGCCGGAACGGGGGCGUGGGUUGAGGCGGAGGGGUUAGGAUGGCAGAGUAUUUGCUUUGGGCGGUGAUGGGGGCUAAAGGGGAAUAUAGGAGUUGAAGGAAAUGCAAGGCAAGGUGAAGAAAAUGUAGGCGUACUUACCUAGGUACCUACAAGGUAGGCACUGGGAAGAAUGUAAGGGUAGAGUAUCUGCUGUGGGCGGUAAGGGGGAUAAAAUAUCGAGAACACCACGCUCGCUAAUAGUGCUAGAACUCAUCGAUUGCAAUCGUUCAUUCAUUUAUAUAGUAGGUAGUCCAGCUGAUAGGUAUUUAGCCGUGAAGAAAGUAAGUGGAUGACUUACCCAUUAGUUAGAAUGAUCUGUUUUUUUCUUGAAACAUUUUGCACUUACUCAGCAG